CAGUAGAUAGCAUUGACAACCUUUAUAGCACUCUGGUUGUGGUUUGCUCAAUCAUGAAUGCCAUGAUGAUCAAAGUGGUCUCGAUUUCUUGAGAUUCACAUAUAUUUAAAGGGGUAGUUGGGGGUCUUUUUUCUCUUGCACCAAGAAGGUUAGAUAGAUGUCAGAUAGACCCAAAACAGCAUAGUUUCCAAAAGCCUCAUAAAAUCCAACCCUUUCUCUCUUGCACUGAGACACGCACACCAGGCGUUUGAUAGAAUGGCUCCAAAGAAAGAAGAGUCCGCUAAACGAGAAGUGAUGAAGAUGAAGUCGUUGGAAGCUGUUAUGAAAAACACGAAAAGGGAGGUCAACAAGGGAGCUUGGACAGCUGAGGAAGAUCAGAAGCUAGCUGAGGUUACUGCAAUUCAUGGUGCUAAAAAGUGGAAGUCAAUUGCUGCCAAAGCAGGGCUGAAUCGGUGUGGUAAGAGUUGCAGGCUAAGAUGGCUGAACUAUCUAAGACCAAACAUCAAGAGAGGCAACAUAUCUGACCAAGAAGAGGACUUGAUUCUCAGGCUGCACAAACUCCUUGGAAAUAGGUGGUCUUUGAUUGCCGGAAGAUUGCCGGGUCGAACAGACAAUGAGAUAAAGAACUACUGGAACUCUCAUUUGAGCAAGAGAAUAAACCAGAAAGAGAAACAAAGAAAUAUUGGAGGAGAUGAUGAUUCAACAAGACAAAUCUCCACAGUGGACCAGAAACCUGGUACCCAUUUAGGUGAGCAGAAUAAAAUCCAUGGAGAAAUGAAACAAGACUCAUCAUCAGAAGAGGGUACUACUACUACUACCACCACCAGUGCUUCUAAUAAAGGAGGUGAUGAUCAUGAAAACUACUCAAACUUAGACAUUGAUAUUGAUGACUUCUUUGAUUUCUCCAAUGAAGCCUUUCAAUUUGGAAUGGGUCAACAAGUUCCUUUACUAGAUGAUGGUCCCAGGUGAUGCAAUUCAUGGUUAUCAGGGUUGUAUGUGAUAUUUUACCAUCUUCAGAUUUUUUUACUUUCACUUCUUUUUUUUCUGGGUUUAUAUAUUUGAUGAAUCUGGUAAAGAGUUCAUGUGGGUGCACUGGAACUGUAAAUCACUAACACUUUGGGUGCUCCUAAUCAUGAUUUUUGUGAAUUCAACUCCCUCUUUUGAUUGUCUUGUACAUUUACCAAUCUUAAACCCUCCAACCUUAAAUUUUCAAGAAGAAUAUGAUAACUAAAGUUCAGUUAUGGCAAAUGAAGGGGAGCAUUAUUAAUCCUGCAGAUUUUGUCAGUUAGUUCACAGUUGCUUAUAGUGAUUCUUAUAUAGUGGAGAUAUGAGAUAGGGAUGAUUAAUUAUAAAAGGAGAGGGGAAUUGUCUCUAUUAUUGUGGACAAUUUGUUA